AAUUUAUUUUCUGUACUUAAAAGUAGAUAAUUAUGUACGUUGUUUGAUAUAUUAUUAUAUUGAAAUCACCUUCAUAUGUUUGUAACAAUAAAGCUAGUGUAUAUUACACUUGUAGGUUAUGGUACUUAAGAGUUAAUUACACUAAUAUUUCUAUAGCUACACUAGUUAUGGUUAGGUACAUUGGUAUCUUUGUAGAUACAUUAUUUAAAGGUUAAGUAUGCUAAAAUAUAUGUGAAUACACUAGUUAACUACUUAAAAUUAAGUACACUAUAUAGGUUAAGUACAGUACAGUAGUUAAGUACACUUUAUAGGUACACUAAUUAAAGGUUAUGUACACUAGUAGUUAUGUGAACUAGUUAGAAAUUAUGAUCAGUAAUAUACAAAACAGUAAUAUUCUAAUUUGAAGAUAUAGUUGAGAAGACUCUUGUUAUAUUGCCAAAAUACGUACUCCAUGCAAGAUAGAUAUAACUCAAGACAGAUAUAACAGAUACUCAAUAACUCAAGUGUUAUAGCGAGUGAUGACGUCUGUUUCUUUCACAUAAUUAUCUUUAGACAAGCUUAACGUACUUGGCAAUAUACAAACAGAAAUGACACUUGAUUCAAAAAUAAGACAAAAUCAUACAAUAAACACACUUCAGUUCUGAUUCUAUUUUUGAGGAAAAUCUUCAAUUCUCACUGGCGUGUGUACAUUUUAUACCCAGUACAAUGACCAUAUAUGGUAUUGUUUGAUAACUUCCCGUUAUUGGGGCUGUGGAGAAAAUUGAAUGUCGCUGCAUUUCUUCACAACUCUAAUUAUAAGUAAUUGUCUAAGUAUCCUUAAGAGACAAUUAUACGCUGACAGUUAUUUGGCGGACAGUUAUCGAGAGGUUACUUAUGCAGACAUGUGUCCAUGUUUACAAUGGCGUACACCAAUCUUGAAAUACACUUUCAGAUAUUUUUUGCAGUAUUCUCGCGCAGAAAUAAGUGGAAAUUGCAGAAUAAAUAUUUGUUUACUCGAAUAUUUCGUAGAGGGAGAAGUUCGUCGUUGAAACAAAAGGUAGCCGUUAUCAAUUGCGAAUGCACGACGGAGGUGGCAGUAUCGUAAUCCGUGUGGCAAAUUUGUUAAGCGCAAUAAGACAUUGGCAGUGAACCGUUUGUCCUCGAUUGUUCGGGUGUCUCCAGCAAACGUAGGCGCGCGAUUCAAAUCAGCCAGCGGCCGCGUGUCAAUUCGGAAUGUCUGAAGUUAAACAUAGAGCGACGCUAUAGUAGAAAAUCUAGGAUUGGUCCCAAGGUUUCUUGUUUCGUGUUUGUCGAAAUAUCGCGGGGCGAACUUGCCCAAAUAAUUAAUCAUAGAAUCAAGUGAUCCGGCACUCUCUCGCCGGCGCCAAAUGUUUACCCGCAGCUUUAUCGGAAAACAAAUGAUAACGAUAUGGAAGCUGUGAAACUAUACUGAUGGAAAGGUAGAUCGACGUUUAUGUUUGCGGUCGAUGGACAUAGUGCUGCUACGCGUGCAUGUCAGUGCGUAACAAACUUCUCGACAGCCGAUGUCCCUUUUUUUUUCUAUCGUUUCGACUUUAAACGAUAGCCGAUCAAGUGAUUGCGAAUAGAUUCGAACGAUGUCUGUGCUCGAGAAGGAAGUGGUCUCUGGAAUGGAGGAGCACAAAGACAGAAAGGACAAAUCGAACUGUUCUUUUACUAACUACGUUAUAAUAGCGAACUGGUUACCGAAAUACUCUCGUUUCGAUGCGGUUUCGGAUCUAGUGGCUGGUUUCUCCCUAGGAUUAACCCUGAUCCCGCAGAGCAUCGCGUACGCCGCGCUCGCGGGCUUAACGGCACAGUACGGUCUCUACACAUGUUUAAUGGGCGGCUUUGUAUACCUAUUUUUCGGGACCAUCAAAGAAGUAUCAAUUGGACCAUCAUCGUUGAUGUCACUCCUAACUUUGGAGUACACUAGAAACUUACCAGUGGACUUUGUCGUGCUCUUCAGCUUUCUUGCAGGAUGCGUGGAAUUGCUCAUGGGCGUAUUGCGUUUAGGAUUUUUAGUAGACUUCAUAUCGAUGCCUGUCACAUCGAGUUUCACUUCAGCAACCUCCAUUAUUAUAAUCGUCUCACAAGUGCCAGGAUUAUUAGGAAUAAGAGUGAAAGCACACACCGCUGCCGACAAUAUUAGUAAAAUAGUUCAGAAUAUUCAAAAUAUUCGAAUACCGGAUCUCAUUCUUGGAGUUUGCAGCAUUGCAUUUCUUCUGUUUUUCAGAAAAAUGAAAGACUUCGAUUGUGCUUUUCUGGAUAGCAAGAAUGAUACAAAGGCACAUAAUAAAAAGAAAAUUGUAAAAAAGAUAUUAUGGUUCCUCUCUAUUUGUCGUAAUGCACUAGUAAUACUAAUAACUGCCAUAAUAUCAUUUUAUUUGGAGAAAUCUGGACCGGCACCUUUUAUUCUCUCAGGAAAGAUUGAAUCUGGACUUCCCAAGUUCUCGUUGCCUCCGUUUUCGUCCCAAAUCGGGAAUCAAACAUACACAUUCAUGGAUAUGUGUUAUCAUUAUGGGACAGGGAUUAUUAUACUUCCUCUUGUAUCGGUGUUGGCGAAUGUAGCGAUUGCUAAGUCUUUCGCUACCGGCAGUAACGUGAAUGCGACCCAAGAAAUGUUAACCUUGGGUUUGAGCAAUAUACUGGGAAGCUUUGUUUCAGCGAUGCCAGCUGCAGGAGCAUUCACCAGAAGCGCCGUGCUUUCUGCCAGCGGCGUGCGGACACCUAUGAAUGGCAUAUACGUCGGAACAAUGAGUUUAUUAGCGUUAAGUUUCUUGACGCCAUACUUUUAUUACAUCCCACGCGCAACGCUUUCGGCAGUAUUAAUAAGCGCAGUAAUGUUCAUUAUUGACUUAAAAAUAAUACGAUUACUCUGGAAAGGAUGCAAAAGAGACGCUGUUGCAGCAAUAGUUACGUUCUUAGUUUGUAUAGUCGGUGGCGUUGAAUUAGGACUUUUAGUCGGUGCUCUCUUUAAUUUAAUCUUUUUCCUUCGACCAUCAGCGAGACCGAAAAUUGAGAUGAUUCAGUACAAGGCAGAAUUUGGGAACAAAUAUAUAAUACUUAAGCCAGAUACCGGGUUAUUUUACCCCGCUACAAAUUAUUUCUGUAAUAAAAUAACAGAGAUAAUUAGGAAAAAUGACGAAAAUAAUGUUGCAUUUAUAAUUGACUGUGAAAGAAUUCGAAACAUUGACUAUACAGCAAUAAAGAGUAUCGAGUUAUUACUAGCAGGUAUAAAUGCUGAAAAGAGAAAGCUAUGGUUCCUACACGUCAAUUCAAAGUUGUACGAAAGCAUUCAAGUAUUUGCUAACACGAAGUACUUUUACUUCAUUGAAGAAGAAGACAGAAUAUCGUCCAUCUUUUAUGAUGGUAUUCUUAUCAGUAACAAAGAAGAGGCAAAAGAGAAACUUCUAGAGAACAUGACAGAGGGUGUCACCUUCACAUGCAUUAACGACAGCCAAAACAACACAGAAGUCUGUAAUUGUACGUCGAAAUCGGAAGACGUUGCAGAAGCAGUCGAAUUAGUCUCACGCUCUUCAGAAACGAAAGAAAAAUGAAAUAAUAACGAAUACUGAUUGGUGAAAAUUAACGAAAGUUGCUGUGUCAGAACCAUAAACAGUUGAACGUGGGCGAACGAGAGAAAUGACGAGUAAACGCUGUUGAUAAAGAACGUUGGAUUGUCAAGUAUUCAAGACAACAAAGCUAUAAAAUUUAAACAUUGCAUUGAAGUUUAAAAGACCAAGAACUGAAAUCUCCAUUCCAUAUUAGUUUGUAAUAUUAUUUUUACUUGGCGAAACUUUG